GCGAACUAUGACGUCUCUCCACCCCGUGUAAUGAACGCGUCACCUCGAAUUUUGUCCGACAUAAAUCAGCUUCUCCCUAAUUUCUCGUCUUCUUGUGAACUCACGCGUGUAAGAGAUCAUGACGGAGCCCAGCAAGCAAGACAUUUGUGCCAUUUUCAAGCGCCUUCGCUCCGUUCCCACGAAUAAGGUUUGUUUUGACUGCUCAUCUAAAAAUCCCAGCUGGGCCAGCAUCACCUACGGGGUCUUCCUAUGUAUAGACUGCUCCGGAACGCACAGGUCUCUCGGGGUCCACUUGUCCUUCAUCAGGUCCACAGAGCUGGAUUUUAAUUGGUCAUGGUACCAGCUGAGGUGUAUGCAAGUGGGAGGCAAUGCCAGCGCGGUGUCGUUCUUCAACCAGCACGGCUGCACGGCCGGCGCCGCCAACGCCAAAUACAACAGCCGGGCGGCUCAGCUGUACAGAGAGAAGAUCAAGACGCAGGCCACGCAGGCCACCAAAAUCCACGGCACCGACCUGUGGCUGGACAGUCAGGGCUCGGCGCCGUGCGCGUCGCCCGAGGAGAAGCACGUCGACUUCUUCAGCCUCCAUUCUCAGGAGGUUCCGGAAAAUAUGGCCAAGAUGAGCCUCAGCUCUGUCGCGCCGGAGACGCAACGGAAUGAGGAAGAAGAGGACGGCCCCAGCGUGGACAUGCUCAGCGCUUCCCCGAAGGCCAAUCCAGCACCUUUAUCACUUCUCAAGAAGAAGUCAGCCGGCGCCAAGAAAACGACGGCCGCCAAAAGAGGCGGUCUGGGUGCGCAGAAGGUGAGCAGUCAGAGCUUCAGCGAGCUGGAGAAGAAAGCGCAGGCGGCAGACAAGCGCCGGGAGAAGGACGAGCACGCGGCCAGCGACAAGAAGAACCAGGCCGAAGCCGCGGAGCCGGCUGCGCCGUCCGCGCGUCUGGCCUACAAAGACCUGGAGGAGCAGCGGAAAAAAGACGAGCAGAAGCUGAAGAGUCUGGACGGGAAGAAGCGGGAGCAAGCGGAGAGGCUGGGAAUGGGGCUCGGCGCCCGGAGCGGCGUUUCUCACUCGGUGACGUCCGACAUGCACAUCAUCCAGCAGGAGCGCCCCCUGGCGGCCAGGAUCAGCAAACCGCCGCGUUUCGCUGGCGACGACGAAGACGAGGAGGGCGGCUUCAGCGGGGGGAUCCUGUCCCGCUACGACCAAAGCGACGACUCUGACCUCCUCUCCUCCAGGUGGAGCAAGAAAGCCGAUCUGGACUUCUUCUUGGCGCCCGCCGUGGCCUCGCCGGAUGAACGGCCAGCAUCGCGCAGGAAAGCGGACGCGGCGCCGCUCGCGGACUCGGGGGAAGCUCGCAGGAAGUUCGGCGAGGACGUCAAAGCCAUCUCGUCCGACAUGUACUUCGGGAAGCAGGAUGGCAAGGAGCACGAAGCCAAGUCGCGCCUGGAGAGACUCGCCGGGAGUUCCGCGAUCAGUUCAUCCGACCUGUUUGACGAGCAGAAGAAGGAGACCGCCAGCUCGUACCGCCUGACCAACGUGCUGCCCAGCGCUCCCGACAUGACGCAGCUGAAAAUCGGCGUGCGCAGCGUCGCCGGAAAGCUGUCGGUGAUGGCCAGCGGCGUCGUCAACACCAUCCAGGACCGCUACAACUCCUGAAGGACGAAUCACUACCGUGACCUCAUCACAACGUUUUUUUUUGUACUCGGGAGCAACAAUUUGAAGCUGCACAACGCAAUGACGACUUCAAUCGCGCCUUAACAAAAGAUAACAAAUGUCAUCUUUCACUUUUUUUUUUUUUUGGGGGGGGGGGAAGAAACUUCCGCUCUCAUCGCGUAAAUAUGAGAGGCAUUAUGAAGGUUAUAGUUAUGAAUAAGUCUUUUCUACGGCCCAAGUGCUCUUAGGUAGACUGGGCGGCACCGUCGGUUCAUCUCAAAGCUCAUUCUCGUCGCUCGUUAUUCAUUAUUCAGCACGUGUGCGGAAUUAAAUAUGUGCCACCGGGAUUUGAAUUUGAAAUGCCACAGAAAACAAAAUUUGAAUUUGAAAUGUGAAGUGGUCACAUUUUCAAUAGUUGCUACAAUUCGCUGUAUGAAAUUGACCGUUUGUGCCACCAGGCGGGGUUGCUUCAGGUCAGAACCGAACAGCCAGCCAAUCACAGUUAUGCUUUCUUUGUUUGUGACGUCACGUGACCAGGAAAGCGCAACUGCGAUUGGCUGCCUGUUCCCUUCUGACCUGUAGUAACGCCACCUGGUGGCAUAGACGCUGAAUUUCAGACUGAAUUGCAGCAAGUAUUGAAAAUAUGAUCAGUUUGCAUUUCAAAUUGAAAUCCUGUUUCCUGUGGCAUUUAAAAUUCAAAUCUUGAUGCCACAUAUGUACUUCCAUACGCGUCACUCUUCAUAUUUGUGCAGUUUUCUAUUUUUUUUUUAUUUUUUUUGCUGCGUCUGCAGGUGUACACCAUUUUUUACGCCAACUUUGCUUUGCUCGGCAAAAAAUGAAACUAUAUGAAGAUAUCAGAUGGAUACAAUGGGUUAUAUAUUUUUUUUUCUCAUGAGAAAUGCACGCAAAAUCUAGUAAAUAAAUGGUAAUAAAAGCUACGGAGUGCUCGCAGCGCUCAACUGGGACCGCGGCAGUUUUGCGCUAAUUCUGUCAUCUCGCUCGAAUGAUCGUCGUCGGGGAUUCGCCGCUCGUUUUCUGCUCAGUUUGCGUUUCGAGGCCGUUUUGUCGCUUUCGGGCGUCUCAAAUCUUUUUUAAUUUGAGCAUUGGUGCGCGCCGACAGUCCCCCUCUUGAUGUGAUUUAAUUUUUGAAGUAUCGGAGCUGCUUUUGUUAGUUUUGUACUGUAAAACGUGUAAUAGUUAGUUCGCAGUGUUCAUGCUGGGAGUUGAACCUACCAAAUAUUUGUUUACGUCAUUCCAAAAUGCCUUUCUCCAAAGAUAGCGAUUUAUUCUGCUUUACCGUGGAGCGCUCGGUACAUUCUAGUUACAUUUUUUUUUUUUUUAAUGAAUUUGGACAAAAUUGGCAUUUUAUGCCUUGAAUGUACUUUCAAGUUGUGUUCAAUUGAAUUAUGAUUGUGCACAAGAAUAUCAAUAUGGGAAGAGUUGUCAUAUGAAUUGCUGUUUACUAAAUAUAUAUAUAUAU